AUGGCUUCCAAGCUGUGCUGCAUAACAGAAGAGGGUGAACGAUCAAACUCACCCGAGCUGCCCAACGUCCGUCUCAGCCAACUUGCACCCGCAAAACAACGCUUUUUACCCGAACAGACCAGCUCGCCAAAUUCACAGUUUACGAGUGCCCGUUCUGGAGAUCUUUAUGAGCUCAGAGAAAUCUUUCAGCAUGCCUACCACUGCCAUGAAGAUCGUGAUACACCUCUGCAGGCAGGUCCUGCACGUUUCAGUCGCCCUUCAGUCCACAGCAUACGCUCACUUCGCAAGGUGAAAAGCAUGCGUUCUGUGAUCAAGAAGAGAUUCUCAAAAGACUUUAAUAAAAAGGCACCCUCUACUCCAACACCUCAUUCUGACGCAAACGAUAUCACUCCCAAGUCCACGCCCGACACUGUGAUCAAGCUUCAGAAAAGGGGGCCAAAGCAACAGCUCCAGAUUGCCAAACACGACUUGCGCAAUAAUCUUCUUAGCGACAAAAAAGCCCACGAAGGAGGCUACGACUCAGAUGCCCAAGUACUGGACGAUGUUGCCAGAAAUGCUGACAAAAGAUCACCUAACAAAAGACCUAGUAUUCACAGCGUCGACUGGGUUGCCUCGCCUAGAAGAAGAACAACCCCAGAGUCAUGUACAAAGGGCUGCGCCAGCGGUGGUCCUGAGCACGAUCUUCGCCCAUACGAUAUCGCAGACACGCAGGCAGUCUCACUAUCCAAUAGAUCCAACCUAGUGUCCAGCACGCCUAUUCUAGCAUUAGAUACAUUCGAUGAGAGAAGACGCAGGCUGAAGCGCUCGUACUCGGCAGAGUCGAUGAGCUUGCCAAAGCCCCCGCCGAUCUCUCCAUUACGAUUACCAGGUCUUUCGAGCAACGAUACAACUGGCAAACCCUGGUCAGAAGUCAUGACUGAGAGUCUUCAGUUAUCACGCUUUCCCUUUGCUCCGCGCGACGGCAGUCCUACAAUGUUCGACACCAACUUGCAUGUCUGUCGAAACGCAAAGCACAACCAGACACAUCAUCGACGCCGGAACAGUGAUUCUUCAGUAGCUCCUAGCUGCACAUAUGACAUAGUCACAUCUUCUGUAGCUCGCGAGGUAGAAAUCCGCGUUCAACAGCCAACCUCAACAGCCACCCCUAGACCAUCCAUGUCAAUUCAAGGCACUCUGCGUGAGAUGUCUUCUUCUGAUACAGUUGUUCGUCUCGAAAGGUCUCUUUGCGAAGAAGCAGAUGAUGAUUCCCACCAUUCGGUUCAUCUGCAGAGCAUGCGUAUUUCUCACCAUCUACGCUCAGGAUCAUUGCUCUCAUGGGACAAGCUUGCAGGCGCUCCGGAGGUAUCCGGAUCGCCUUUCGAGUUGCAUGAACAUACCUCUGCCGAUUCAAACUACUUCUCAGAACAAAACCACCAGCUGCCUCGUCAUCAUCGGCAGACAUCAAGCUCAGGGAUAGCAAGCUACAAGAUUCCGGCUAGCUGGGGAAAUGUCGUCUUUAGCGAUGCAAACAUUCGGCCUGAUUUUGCGUCCUCUGUAUAUUCAAGCAGACCACAGAGCCCGCCCGGCAGCUUUGGCGGAUCUAUGGUCAACUUAUCCCGGACUGGUACUGAAAAUCAACCCUUCAGUAUCUCCACCUCAGAUCUGCGCAGGGCUAGACGUUCGGCAUCUUUCCCAUCGGAUAACGAAGAGACACCAAAGCCAAGACAGCGACAUGGUCUCACGAACCUGAAGGUCUCACAGAGCUAUAGAGCAGAGACUCCACCAUGUACCCCGCCAAGAGCACCCUUGGCACGUAACAACAGUGUUGCUGAUACCAAGGUUUCCAAAUUCCGAGAAGAGUUCAGUCCGCCUGCUGCCAAAAAGAAGCUCACACACUCAUCCUCGAUAAUCAGAUUCUUGAAACCAAAGAGACUCAGCCUGCGGAGCCAGAGCGAGGCGAGCAAUUCCCCUGAACAAUCCAUUGCCGACAUGGACGGUGCUUUUGAUACACUAGACGUGCCUGCGGAUCGAGAACGCCGACAAUCGCAAUCCCUGGUGAGUUUGCGUGCGGAACAGCAAGCCCUCGGCAAGAACAAGGGCGCGAACCAAGUCUGGGACCAUGCCUUGCAAGCUCAUCAAGAAGAGAAAGCAUCUCUGUUCCUCCCCAAGAACAAGGAUCUCGCUGUACAGUCCAGUCCUUUUAGGGAACGCAGCGGGAGUGUUUCCACUAGACGAAUCAGUGUUGAUGAUGCAGAAGUUUCCGUGAGAGCUGAGGACUCAAGCAGACGCCUAUCUACGUUGAAUACACCUACACCCAGUGGUGAUGACGGGGACAGACCAUCAACUUCGAUCUUUCGACGCCGCGCCCUGGCAAGUGGAGACGACUCUGAGGUAGGAAAAGAAGUGGCAGAUGCCUACAACCGACAAGGCGAUGGCGUGGAAGUUGUUGGUGCAUGGGGUCGCUAUCCCUCUCACACGCGUGAAGACCGAACCGGAUCUGCUGGUAAGGUAGAUGAUGUCCAGCCCCGCGACUUUGCACUCGAAGCAGCGAUAAAGUCUACAGCUGCAAACGAUGAUGAAGACUUGAUCGAUCCAACGCAGCGAAGACCCUCGACUCCACUUUUGCCUGGCGAAAAGAAGAAGAAGAAGAAGAAGCUUGGUAGCAUGCGCAUGGCGAGAAGUAGCUCGAUGACGUUUGGUAGGGCACUCAUGAAGAACUAUAGUAAGAUGUUCAAGAGUCAGAGCACGGAGUUCAGGAGGCAUGGUCGCGGUCAUCGCAGCUCGAUUACAUCUGGCGGUAUUCUGGAACAUCCUGAACUUGAGCUGUUACCUGAAGUAUGGGCAGGCGAUUUUGUUGAAGAAAACAACACUGGCGGACGGGACGAUCGUGAGGAGUUCCUUACUCCAGACCAAACGCCCAUGAACACUACCAAGGGCAAGGACAAACUAGUUGUUGAUGGUACUAUAACAAUGCUCCGUCCACGCCGCAACUCAUCCGCACCCAACCUCAGCAAGCUCUCGCUCCAAGGCGGCGACGCCAACUACGAUCACUCCCACGACCUAGCUCGCGGCUGGUCCAUCUACUACAAGAACUGCGUCGACAACUACCCCCGCCCAAGCACCAGUGCGCACACCACAACAGCAGAUUUCGGUCCACCCGCCCGUCUGUCUUUUGACAGCAGACACUUGUCUCUCCACUCUUCUAUAAUGCGCAAUCAUGUUGGAAGACAGUCGCGCAACCCCAGUCCAGCGAGCCGCGUGAGCUGCAACAUGAGGAGCGGCGAUGACGCUGCGAGCGAGAAGAGGAGUAUCGUUAGCGUGCGACGGAGCACUAUGGAUCUUAUUUCAAAGUUUAAGCUGCAGGAAGUUGCAGAACAUGAGAGGAUGUUGGGGCUGCGCUUGGGAGAGAGUGGGUGA